AUGGCCGAAUCGAAUAAUGGAGGGGAUAAACUCUUCAUAGAGCAUCCGCGCUUGAUCAAGCAUGGGAGUAGAUGGGAACUACUCGUGGAUGGCAGACCAUACUUGAUCCUAGGUGGGGAAUUGCAGAAUUCCUCGAUGAGCUCUGCUCGCUACAUGGAUACAGUAUGGGAGAAUAUCGCCAAGUUAGGUGUGAACACUGUGCUGGGCCCCGUCUCUUGGGAAGAUGUAGAGCCUGAAGAAGGUCGAUUCGACUUCACUGAGCUUGACGCCGUGCUUGCUAGCGCAAGAGCGCAUGGUUUCCGCAUUGUGCUCAUUUGGUUCGGAUCUUUCAAAAAUGGAAUGUCGAGUUACACACCCUCGUGGGUCAAGACCAAUCCUCAGCGUUUUCCUAGAAUGGAGACACGCAAUUCUGAAGGCGAUUUGGAAAUUUCCAGCGUUAUCUCGAUAUUGCACGACGAGUGCGUACAAGCUGAUGCAAAAGCUUUCGCAAGGCUAAUGCAACAUCUGAAGACGACCGAUAUUGAAAGGACAGUGAUCAUGGUCCAGGUUGAGAACGAGGUCGGCCUCCUCGGCGACUCUCGCGAUCGCAGUCAGAAAGCAGAACAUGUUUUUGGAUCACCGGUACCCAAGGCUCUACUGGAGUUUCUCCGCAACGCUUGGCCGUCGCUCCGCCCGGAGUUGAAAAGCAAGCUUUCAAAAUUUGAGCGAAGCACCGACAAUUUCAUACACGAUAUCAGCGAUACUAGAGCAUGGAAAGACACUUUUGGCGAGAGCAUCUACACAGAUGAGAUCUUCAUGGCAUACCACUACACUUUGUACGUGGAGAAGGUUACCGCUGCAGGCAGACAGGCCUAUGAUAUCCCACUAUUCACCAACGUGUGGCUCCCAAAGCCGGGGAGUACGUCUUCUAACGACGGCAUUGUCAGUGGCGGUGGAAAGCCUGGGGAGUAUCCGUCUGGAGGUGCGGUCAGCAGAGUUUUGGACAUAUGGCACGCAUUUGCGCCAACCUUGGACUUUAUAUCGCCUGAUAUCUAUAUACCAGACUACUCCGGGAUAUGUUCAGUUUACUGCCAUGGUGGCCAGGCUCUCUUCAUACCAGAGCAACACAGAGAUGAAUACGAUGCCAGGAGAAUAUGGGAGGCACUUGGCCGCUUCGGUGCCAUUGGAGCCAGUCCGUUCGGCAUCGAUACACUCGAUGUCGAAACAGCUGGCCUCCGUGCUCACUAUGAAUUACUGAAUUCUGUGUCCAGUCACAUUAUGAAGGCCCGCCUAGAGCCCGACUCGAUUACUGGCUUCUUUUUCGACGAGAUCGAUGCUAAUGGGACUGAUCCUACACCACCACUGAUCAGGACGCUGGGCUCAUACGAACUUCGUAUAAGUAGGGCGUCCGUGUUUGGUCAAAAGGGCCCUGGUUGCGGCAUCGUUAUUGCAUUGGACCAAGACCGAUUCCUCCUGAUCGGGGCGGGAUACAACAUUGAGUUCAAGUCGCGUGUUCCUUCGUCUAUUUUCACCGGAAUCUUGAGGUUUGACGAAAAAAGCGUUGUCGAUGAGAUGGGCACUCUACGGACGGAGAGGAGAUUUAAUGGCGAUGAGACGAGAAGCGGAAAGUGGGUUAACAUGCCAAACAAGAACCCUGAUCUCGGAGGAUGGAUCCCCAUUUCGAUACCUGCUAGAACCAUGAUUGCUGAAGUCGUAGUCUACACUCUUACAGAAGAAAAUCUAGGUAGUAGGUAG